AUGAAUGCAAUCUUCCAUGACAUGAUUGGGAAAUUUAUGGAAGUAUACAUUGACGACGUGGUGGUGAAAUCAGCGACAAAGGCGAAGCAUCUGGCAGACUUAAUGAGAUCAUUCGAGAGAAUGAGAGCUCAUGGUUUGAAGAUGAACCCAUUUAAAUGCGCCUUUGGAGUGACAGCAAGGAACUUUCUAGGGUUCUUGGUGCAUUGGAGGGGUAUCGAGGUUGAUAAGAAUAAGGCCAGGGCGAUCAUCGAAGCUCAACCACCUCGCAAUAAGAAGGAGUUACAAAGACUGAUUGGCAAGUGGUCAUUGGCCCUUAUGGAAUUCAGUUUCCAAUAUGUGCCUCAAAGGGCUGUAAAGGGACAAGCACUUGCUGAUUUCCUAGCCGACCAUCCAUGCUUGGAUGUUGAUCCUAGAGUCUAUGAUGCAAUGGAGUUGUGUUUUAUUCAACUAACUCCUUGGACUCUGAUCUUUGAUGGAUCAAGUGUAAAUGAUGUCGGAGGGGCCGGAAUUGUAAUAGUUGCACCAAAUGGAAGGAAAACAACAUAUUCUUUCUUUCUAGACUUCAAAUGUUCUAAUAAUCAAGCAGAGUAUGAAUCUCUGAUUAUCGGUCUGGGGAUACUCUUAGAAAUGGGGGCACAGACUGUUGAAAUCAUAGGUGAUUCAAGUUUAGUGAUUGGUCAGUUGUCCAGCAAUUUCAGAUGCCAAAGUUGGCACCUCAAACCAUUUCACUCUAUAGCCAUGCAAUUACUACAAGAAUUUGCAGAUGUAAAGGUCAAGCAUGUUUAUAGAUCCCAUAACAAAGAGGCUAAUGAUUUGGCUCAAAUAGCAUCUAGCGUCAGGGUGCCAAAAGGAAUAAUGGAGAAUUUGAUCAGAAUAAAGAAAAGAUCAUUACCCUCAGUCAAGGUGAGGGAAGAAUUGUUGGCAGAGGUCUUUGCAAUCGAGGUGGAAGAGGAUAUAGAGGAGAAUGAUUGGAGAACACCAAUCGUUAAUUUUCUCAAAAAUCCAGACCCUAAGGCUGACAGGAAGCUAAAGAUCAAAGCUCUUAAGUUUGUGAUGAUUGAUGGAGACCUAUUCAGGAAAAGCAUCAAAGAUGACCUACUCUUAAGGUGUGUCAGUAAGAAAGAAGCCAUGAAAGUAAUGGGAGAGACCCAUGAAGGGAUAUGUGGUGCUCACCAAGCUGGAAUAAAAAUGAAGUGGCUGAUUAGAAGGUACGCUUAUUACUGGCCCGAGAUGCUUAAAGAUUGCUUCACAUAUGCCAAAGGAUGUCAAGCAUGUCAAAGGCAUGGGCCAAUUCAUAGGGCCCCGGCGAUUGAGUUACAGCCAAUCAUAAAACCAUGGCCUUUCAGAGGCUGGGCUAUGGAUUUGAUAGGGAAAGUUUAUUCACCUUCUUCUAAACAACAUUGUUUUAUCAUUGUGGUAACUGACUACUUUACUAAGUGA